AUGUACUCAGAAGAUAGACUGGAGGGAUUGAAAGCGAAUAACGAUGAUGAUGAUAAUGAUGAUGAUCUAGGAAUGAUGGAAGAAUUGAGAACUUGCAUGUCACAAGUCAUAAAUAGGGCGGUGCGUGUUGAGAAAAAGCUUAAAGUUAUGGAAACCAAACUGAAGCCAGAUACUGGAGAACGAAGUGUAACGGAUGAACGUAAAAUUCAACACUCCACACUUUCCAAAAACUUUCUCGACGCCAUGAACGAUUACUACUCCUGUAGAAUGGAAUAUAGGUCAAAAUGUAAGGCGCGAAUCCAAAGGCAACUUGAAAUAACUGGCAGAUCAUUAUCGGAUGAAGAAAUGGAGCGAUUUGUGGAGGGUGUUGGAAAUCUAAACAUAUUCACUAACGGGAUUAUAGCAGCUACUGAAAUCACCGAAGUUAAACAAGCCAUAGAGAUUUCAGAAUCGAACUGCAGCAACAACAACUACACCAACAUCAACAACAACUACAUCAUCAACAACAGCCACAUCAUCAACAACAACUACAUCAUCAACAACAACUACAUCACCAACAACAACUACAACAACAACGACAACAACUACAACAUCAACAACAACAACACCAACAACAGCAGAAAAAACAACAAACCGAGCAUUGUAGUAUACAAUGACAAAAAGAAAAUCCGUGUCUGGUAUGAAGCAAAUGCGAAAAAAUGA